CGGCGCGGCGGUCGACGCAGCGUCUGUAAGACUAUUUUUAUUUUGAUUGUGAUUCAUUUUACGAGCAGACAUCAUCAACUAACGCGUUGUGUAUUAAUCUCUGAUCAAAUUUAUAUAAACUGAACGUUUAGAAGUGUUAAAUGAUACAUAUAUAUACGAAUAUCAUAGAUUUUUGGUGCUAACCUCUUCCUUUUUUUUACUAGUGUUUUUGAGAGACUGCAAUCUGAUUGUGAUCGAUAUGUGCAAGAUGUACUACAGAUGACUCUGCAACAUUAUCCAACCUUGUGUUGUUUUCUUCUGAUGAGGCGUCGAAGUUGGUGAUUGCGUCGGUAUGCAAGGCGGGGCCGCGCCCGCAGCCGAUGCCGACCAGGCGCAAUUCGAGGCCGACAAGCGAGCCGUCUACAAGCACCCCUUAUUCCCACUGUUGGCGCUACUGCUCGAGAGAUGCGAGCAGGCGACUGCUGGCGCGGAGCCCCCCGCGGCGGACGCGUUCGGCGCCGACCUGCAGGCCUUCGUGCAGCACCAGCGCCGCGACCGUAGGCCCUUCCUGGUCGACGAUCCUGAGAUAGACGGACUCAUGAUUAAGAGCAUUCAGGUGCUCAGGAUCCACCUUCUAGAGUUAGAGAAAGUGCAAGAACUAUGCCGCGACUUCUGCGGUCGGUACAUCGCCUGCCUCAAAACAAAGAUGCAGAGUGAGAAUCUGCUACGGACUGACUACACAGGAGGCGGCGUGGAGAGUAACAACAACUUGUCCGGGUCGCUGGAGGACCACUCCAGCACCUCCAACUCACCACAAUAUCAGCCAACGGCGGCGACGGGAGCCCCCCCGGCGCCGUUCGCGGGCGCGGUGUUCCCGCACGGGGACCUGCCCUACCCGGCGCCCGCGCCGCCCUCUAUACGGGAUCAGGGUUCGACGCCGAUCAGUCAAAUAGGUGCUGGUUUGCUGUCCACUGACUCCUUCACUGGCACAAACUCGAACAACUCGUGUUCGUCUGUGUCUGGCUCGCCGCCGCCCGAGGACGAGUGCGACGAGGCGGGCGGCAAGCGCGGCGUGCUGCCGCGACACGCCACGCAGGUCAUGCGCGCCUGGCUGUUCCAGCACCUGGUCCACCCGUACCCAACUGAGGAGGAGAAGCGCACCCUGGCGGCGCAGACGCGGCUGACGCUCUUGCAGGUCAACAACUGGUUCAUAAACGCGCGCCGCCGCAUCCUGCAGCCGAUGCUCGACUGCGCUGACAAGCCAGGUGGAAAGAAGAGUAAAAAUGGUUCAUCUAUAAGCAAGAGGUACUGGCCCGACGCACUCUCCAACCCACAGUUUACAGCAGGUCUUCUGUCAUCAUCCGAAGAUGAAGAUCAAGAAGGUGAGCAAUCCGCUGACGAGCACGAGUCACAGACGGAAGAACAUUCAAGCGAACACAGCAAUUUCCCGCCAAUACAGCAAACUAUGCAGUAAUAAGUAUAUAAACAAUAAAUUUUCUUAUUUACAAAAUGGCCACCUAAGAUAUUCUGCACAUACAAGAGGAAUGCGGUAAUUUCCCGCCAAUAUUUCUGUAUUAUAUUUACGAAUCCAGACAUUGUAUAUUUUAUCUGAAUCGAAACUAGUAAAAAAUAAUACUUAUUUAUAUACAAAAUAGCCGUUAUUAUUUAAAAUAUGUGGGCGGCCAUUUUGUAUAACUAUUGUUAAUAAAAUGGCGGCCUAUUGUGCCAGUUAUUGGUUCCUUGAUUGAAUAUAGAGACAUGAUGACAAAGUUUAAUUUCUUACAAGCUGAUAUACAAAUAAAAAGUAAUUUUCGAUUCUCGAUGGGCCUCUAUUGUUUUGGAAUAACGCGGAAAUGAUAAUUAUUUAUGGCUAAGUAUUGUUUUAAUUUUUUUUUUUUUCACUAAUCAAUCUUUAAAUUUUAUCAAAUAGCAUGGAAUCAUCCCGAAAGAAUUUUUUGUUAUUAAAAUGAAUCCUGGAAAUCGGCUCUGAAAUAUCUGAGGAAUAGGUACAUAUACGAUCAUAGCAUUGUUUGUACAAGUUUGCAAUUUAUCAAAUAUACUGAAGGAAAUAACAUAUUUAAACAGUUAGAAAUUUUAAAAUAAAAGAAAAUAUACCGACUAAGAAUGACUAUUAUUAAUAUUAAUAAAAUUAUCAGACAUAAAUAUAUGAAUUAUAAUUUUUUAAAAUUCAAAUUAAAAGACUAGUUUUUGGUUUCCACUCCAUUCGCAUGAGAUAUGUUUAUCUGUCAGGAUGACAAUUGGUAAAAUUUUAUAAUAAUUGAUUGAGCGAUGAAGGCGCCAAAAUUUAACAAACGUAAAAAACACAUUUUAAUAUCAGUAAGUUUAAUAACGGCUAUUUUUUUUAAUAUAAUUUAUUUAUUUGGCACCGGGAAAAUGUUAUAAAUAAAUUUUAUCAAAUCACACAUGUCAUCUGAAGCACACUCAUAAAAUAUGGUUAAAAAUCACUUUAUAAAUAGCAAUAAAGUUUCAAAUCAUAUAUUAACAUACAUAAUUAUAAAUACAAUAACGUGCGUUUGGACUAAGCAAAUUGUACCUAAUUCCCUUUAAAAUUAGGCUCUCUUUUGAAGGUCAACUAAAAUUUGUUUGUUCUAGAAAAAGAACCACAAUUCAAAUUUUCAAUCCAAAGGGAUUCCUUUUAUAAAAUGCAGCCUUAAGUGAAAAAUGCCAAAUAACAUGAUAAAAGUUACGAUAUAUUCUAAAAAAGCAAGUAUUAAAGAGAAGUAUUUCACGACAGCUGUCACAAAAUUAUUUUUUAUUAAAAAAAAAAGACAGUAAUAAUAAUAUCAGUAUACCAUAGAGUAGUUGUAGUUAUAUAGAAGCAACUGAAUAGUAACUGCUGAUUUAUUGUUUUUAAUUAAAUUCAAGGUGCUCAUAAUUUUCUUUUUGAUUUUUUGUCGAAAAUUAAGUAAACUUUGUUUUUUUUUUUAUUCAGACUUUUAACGUGAAUGUCUUUAGACUGAUUUUAUGCUUAAAAGACGAUGCCAAAAAAAGGAAUCUGUUAAAAAAUUUUAAGGUCCCUUUGCCUUGUUCUAAAGAGUUGAAUAAAAAAAACAAUUUAUAUUAAUUAUUUUCGAUUACUGUUUAUUAUUUUAGAAAUAAAAGAAAGCUGAUUACUGUUAGACGGUUAACAAUACUCAGCCAAAUAUAGAAAAGGCCAAAACAUGAAGAUAAUUGUGUUUAAAAAGUAUGGGAUUAAAAAAAAAAUUAGUAGUCACUAUUCAGUCUAAUAGAACCGAGUAUACGUAAACUGUACCUCACUAUUUUAACUAACUGGUUAUAAAUUCGUAUUUCUCAAUCAAUAAAAAAAAGUAAUUUAGUUUUUAGUAUAUUUACUUAAAACUAAACUAAUUAUAUGCCAAAUUGUUUUAAUUCAAGAUGUUUUUUUCUUUCGACUCGCCGACUGUUUGUAGAUAUGGAUAUAUCCAUAAGGAUAUGAUCGAUUCAUUUGUGUGUUCAUAUUUUCGUUUAUGGCAGUUAGAAUUUUGUGACAGUAUCAGUGUAAAGUUACUAUAUACUAGAAGACUUUAUUUUAUAUUCUAUUUGACAUAUUUGUACAUACAUACACUCACAUCCACACACGUUAUAUGCAUCAUCUCUAAUUAACGCUUUUAUUUAGGUGAACAAUGAUAAUUUACCUGAUUUAUCUUGAUGUUUCGACAUAACAGCGUCUACUCGUGACCACAGCCGAUGUAAAUUUAGGAUCUACCGAGAAAAAAUUUCCGAAAUUUUGGGCUCGAAACAAAAAAAUUCAUGUUAAAAUUACAUGAUACAUAUCGUUUAAAAAUAUUAAAAAUGUUAAAAUAUCGUUCCCUUAGUAUUUUAUGGUAGGAUUUAUGACGAACGAAAUGUUUAUCUUUCUUUAUUCAUUUACUGGACCGAUUUCGAUAGGAACAAAAAUAUGAAAUUGAGUUCGAAAAUUCGGAAUUUCAUUUCAUGGUAGACUCCUUGGUCGAAACGUCGAAAUAAUUCAGGUAAAUUAUCAUAUAGAUUACGUAAAUGAUCUUUUAUUUUAUUUAUUUAUUUUAUAAUACAUAAAUACAUUCAGUUUAAUUUAAUAUUAUUACAAUUAUAAUGCGGUUUUUAUUAUAAUUUCAAUAUUUAUAGUACACAAUUAAACCAUUAAAAAAUACAUCACUAAAGCUGUCAAAUAGAAAAUAAAUAGAAGCAAAUGUAAAUAAACAAAAUAGUUGAUUUAUAAAACGUUUCAAGUUACUAUCUUGAGGGAAUGUGGUACUGUCAUGUUACAUUAAUUGAUAAUAUAUAUAAAAUAUAUAUAAUUAUAAUUUAAGAUAAUGCCAAAUGAAUCUUCAAAGUUCGGUCAAAAUUGGCAAUGCUCCUUAGACCGAUUUCUAAAAAAAAAAUAAGCUUGGACUCACAAUUUAAACAUGGCGGCAGUACAUUAGCUCAAGAAAGUGACAUGACCUUAUGUGACAUGUUUUUUUUUCUUUAUAAAAUGACGAUAAAAAUUAUGGAUUUGAAUGCUCACUAUAUCUAUAAUAAAUAAUCUCAUAAAACUAUAUACUAUAUGACAUAUAUAUAACAGUAAUUAUUCUCGUGGUUAUAUUGUAUUAUUUUAAUAAUUAUUCCAUAAAGCGAGUUCGUCAAUUUUUACGCCGGUUGUGAAUAAAAAUAAUUUUCUUUUUAAUUUUUAUUCCUUUCUGCUGACUGAACCAUAAAGAAAUAGUAUAAGAAUAUUUUCUACCACGAAAAAAACUAUAAUACCGUCCAUAGACAAGAGUUGUAUUUAUUUAAAUUGUAAUAAAUAAGUUUUAAUAUACUCAUUGUAAUUAUUUUAAAAAUUCAUUUUAAUGUGCAGCCAUACUAGUAGUUAGAUACGUUAGGUAUAUUCCCAAAGAGAAUGCAAAGGCAGGCAUAAAGUAUAAAGCAAAACACAUUAGUAUUCGUUAUAAAAAAAAUAAGUGUUUUAUAAAAAAAAAAAGCCUGUCUCUGCAUUCUUUUUGUCUUCUAAAACGAUAUACGACAUAAAUAUACGAUUCCAUGUAAGAGACAACAGUUCGAUUCAAAAUUGUAUACGCAGAUAAAAAAAAAUGUAAUUUUCGUUCUAAAUUUAAGUGUAAACUUUUUAAUCAGUGCGAAGGACGCGUGUUCGAGUAUUAUGUAUGUGGAUUUGGGGAAAAGUGUUACCAUGUUUUGAGAUGGCUAAAAGGUGAAGAUAGAGUUGGCUUUCAUAAUAUAAAAUGGCUGCCUAAAACGAAAUGGUCUAGUAUACUACGUGUUUUUAAUUUACAUAUUUUUUAUAAUGAGUUUAUUAUUCUAUUUGUCAUUUAUAUGUAUAUAAUUUUAUCACUAAAUAUAAAAUAUAAUAAUACGAUUUAAUAAUGUAAUAAUGUUAUUGAAAGCCUUUUCCCCAAGUCUUGCUCUUAAAUAUACAGAAAUAUGUACAAAAUUAAAGAUUUGUGAUAUGACUGCGUAUUUAAUGAUUAGCGUAUGUGUUGAAUGGGGCUAUAUUUCGAAAAAAUAUUUGUAAAUCAUAUUUAAAUCUGUCAAAACACUGCAGUGUUGCGUUAUCAAAAAUAUAAUAAUUAUUUAGGUCCUGAAAUAUCGUGUAUUUUGAUAUACGUAUCAAGUUAUCAUCAGCAAAAUUAAUCAAAUCUCUCCAGUUGUGUCUCUCUUGACUUGUGGAGGCAUAAAAAUUUAAAAAGGUAUUUUGAUACCUAAAUCUAUAACUAUAUAUACAAUUUGUUAUGAAUGGCAACGCAUGGGGGGUAUCAUGGGCGAAACAGUAUACUCUGUUAUGUCCAUAAUACUGCUCAUGUCUGUAGGCGACGGUUACCACUUUCCAUCAGGUCCCUUUCCACUUUCCACCAAGAAUACAAACCAGGAUCUUGUUAUACCUUUAUUUUUAUAUGUAUUAAUGCGCUUAAAUAUUGUACCUAUUCAACACGUAAAUUACGUAAGAAAAUUCAGUGAUUUAGCUUGAUAAUGACGCAACGGAUAUACGUAAUGUAUGGUGAAUAAAUAAAUAAAUAAUGAAGAUUUUUUUUUUUAUAAUAUUACUGUAAUUAUACCGUCGUAGUGAUAAAAAUGUAUUUUUAAAGUAUUUUAACGUUGUAACUUGGAAUGAUAAAAUGCCACUAUUGUUAGGUGUUCUGUUGCAUGUUAGUCCCGGACAAGGAAGGAUUAUGUAUACACUUUACACGACAAAUAUUGUAUACGAAAAUGAAAGUGUUAUUUAAAACGUGUCAAGUUUAAACGUAGGUUUUUUUUAUAUAAAAGUAUUGUAUUGUUUACUAUAAUAAUAUUAACUUGUUCUAAUUAAACAAACCGUUGUCUUUGUCAAUUGUCAAAAUAUUGUAUACGAUGUAAGACAAUUUAAAAUAUUUUAGACAUGCGUGGGACAAACAAUAAAUUACGUGUUUUGACCAUGAAAUUGGCGGUCUUUUUGCACGACAGUAAAAAUAUUUAUUUAUUUAACUCUUUAUUACACCAAAACAUAAAAAUAAACAAUGACAUAUAAAUAAUUCAACUGAAAUACAGUAGCAUGGAGUACAGAUCAAAAUACGAGUAUAAAGGUACAAAAGGCGGUCUUAUCGCUAAGGCAAUCUCUUACAGACAACCUUUGGUUAUUAUUUUUAAAACAUUUUGUAAAAAUUUUUUUAAUAAGUUUCAGGUCUUUUCAGUCGUAAAAUGCAUUAUAAAAACUUUUUAAAACUAUUUAUUUGCAACUAAUACGUUUUUUAAUUAAAUAAUGUUGCUACGCAAUAAUAUAUAAUUAACUUAAUUUUUAGACUGAAUUAUUUUAAUUUAUUUUCUAUUACACCCUUGUAAAAAUAAUUUAGUUUUAAAAUUAAUUUAGUCUUUUUGUCGUAAUAUCAUAAUUGCUUUUUUGCUCCGGGGAUGUUUUACUUUUUCUUAUUCCAAGCUACAUAACUUAGGUUUAGUGAAAAUUGUCCAGUUAUAGUAUACUAUAGGUAUAAAAUCAAUGCUUCGGUAGUAUUAAGUCAUUCUCGUUGAGUAUACUAUAUGUACCUAUAACGGCAUAAUAUUUUGCUAGUCAAUAAAUACUUUUUAGGCUCAA